AUGGCUUUGAAUAAAAUCGAAGUUUUUGGUGAUAUUGUAGCCGAUGAUGGACUUGAUGAUAUCGACGAUUUCGUUUCUUUCCAUGACGACGACGAUGUCAGUAUAAUCGGCCAUCUUGCAAAGAAUGGAAAUACAAAACUUACAUAA